UCAGCUUUCUGUCCUGAGGUUGGAGCUGCAGGGUCUUGCGUUCCAGGGAAGUGGGCACCCUCCUCACCUUACUCUCAUUCCCUCUCUCCCUGUGUGCCUGCCUCCGGUCUAAUGCAACCUUGCUGCCAACCAGCACCACUGAGAACUGAAGUUUUUGCUCACUGUCACAGCAAACGACCCUCUCCAGGAAGGUGACUUAGGACGAGAGUGUUAGAAGAUCUAGGUUCCAACGAACUUUGCCCCCCAAUGGCUCAAGUGCAUGAAGUUUGCUCAGACAGAGCAGAUUCCGUCCUCGGGUGUUCCACAGCGAAGACAUCUGAAAGAAAACUAGGAGGGGGACAUCAUGAGAGUAAAUACGGUAAUCUGUUCAUUUGCUAGUUCAAGUGCUGGACUUGGGACUUAGGUGUGCCACAUAGGGGCCGCUUAGAGCCUGCAUCAGACCUGGGCUGAAAGGGUAGGUGAGGGACAAGAUUGGCUCAUAUCCGGAGAAGUUAUAGCCUGUGACUAGGACAGGAAGAGGAAACACUGCCCUCACUCCAGCGGGAGCCCCAGCCUCUCCUGGCGGCGAACUGAGCGCUCGCUCCUGUGCCCAGCGCAGGACUCGGCUAUUCCUCCCGUCUUCUGCACGGAGUUACCUCAGGUGCACUGGUGUUCUGAUUAAUCCUUUGCUCCUGAUCCUUCAAAGUGGACCCCAAGGGAGAAGUCAGAGCCAGGAAGUUACUGCCAAGCAGCCCAAGAGGCCCAGAAACCAACCUGGAGGUGCUAUCUGAAGGCAGUGGGAAACAAGCUGGCCUUGCGCGCUGUGAUGAAGCAGACUCCAUGGGUGGAAAGCCCACCAUCAGUGCAGAUGAGGAGGAAGGGCCCCAGACUUGCCGUGUAUGCGGGGACAAGGCCAAUGGUUACCACUUCAACGUCCUGACAUGUGAAGGCUGCAAGGGCUUUUUCAGGAGGACCGUGAAACGCAACGCCCGGCUGAGAUGCCCCUUCCGGAAGGGCGCCUGCGAGAUCACCCGGAAGACCCGGCGCCAGUGCCAGGCCUGCCGGCUGCGCAAGUGCCUGGAGAGCGGCAUGAAGAAGGAGAUGAUCAUGUCCGAUGUGGCCGUGGCACAGAGACGGGCUCUGAUCAAGAGGAAGAAGAGAGAACGGAUGGAGGCUCAGCCGCCGGGAAUGCAAGGGCUGACGGGAGAGCAGCGGAUGAUAAUCGAGGAGCUGAUGGACGCUCAGAUGAAAACCUUUGACACCACCUUCUCCCAUUUCAAGAAUUUUCGGCUGCCGGAGGUGCUUGGCAGUGGCUGUGAGAUUCCAGAAUCUCUGCAGGCCCUAACGGAGGAAGAGGCUGGCAGGUGGAGACAGAUCCAAGAAGAGCUGGGCACCAUGAAGCUCUCUCUGCAGCUGCGGGGGGAAGACGGCAGCGUCUGGAACUAUACGCCCCCAGCUGACAGAAGUGGGAAAAAGCUCUUUUCUCUGCUGCCCCACUUGGCUGACAUGUCAACCUACAUGUUCAAAGGCAUCAUCAACUUUGCUAAAGUCAUCUCCUACUUCAGGGACUUGCCCAUCGAGGACCAGAUCUCCUUGCUCAAGGGAGCCACCCUCGAGCUGUGCCUCCUGAGAUUCAACACCGUGUUCAACGCAGAGACUGGCACUUGGGAGUGUGGUCGGCUGUCCUACUGCGUGGAAGACCCUGAAGGAGGCUUCCAGCAACUUCUUGUGGAUCCCUUGCUGAAAUUCCACUACAUGCUGAAGAAGCUGCAGCUGCACAAGGAGGAGUACGUGCUGAUGCAGGCCAUCUCCCUUUUCUCCCCAGGUGAUGGCCUCCCCGGGCUGCUGGCACCCUCAGCUUGAUCUGCCCUCCUCAAGAAAGACCGCCCAGGUGUGGUGCAGCGUGAAGUGGUGGACCAGCUUCAGGAGCGAUUCGCCAUCACCCUGAAAGCCUACAUCGAGUGCAGUCGGCCGCAGCCCACCCACCG